AUGUUGACCAAAACUACCUCGCAGAGACCCCUCAAGGCCUCGCAAUCUCGGAUGUCGCUGUCCGACCAGAACGACAGCUCUAGCUCGGGAGUUACAUUUUCCCCUGCAGCCGAAGUGCCCCUACGGAAGACCCUGCAGAAAAAUUCGGCCAGCGCGGCCAUCCCUAGAUCGCACCCGUACGACGCCCACCUCGACAAUUCACCCGCGUCCAGGCGGAGGAGGUCAAUUCUCGAGCGAUCUUCGACCUUUGGCUCCCGGGAUGCCAAUUCCUCGCGACGUACUGUGUCAACUACAUUUACUGCGCGACUCCACUCUAGCAACCUAUCGAUCGACUCCGCGGAUUCACCGUCGCGGACCCAGUCGACAACAAGUAGUUCUACGGCCAAGGACGAAAACGAAACCGCUUCCGAAAACGGCGAGUUCCUAGCUCCCAUUAGCUUCGAUGAUUUCCACAACAGUAUUUCGUCCAAAGAACCCAGCCUGAGUCAUUUUCCUUUGCCUGGACAUGGUGGUGCUGGCUAUGAAGCAAAGGCCCCAGCCUCCUCAAACCGCUGGACAAUGACUACUGCAACGCAGAGCGCCAAAGAACCUCGCUCUGCCGGUUCGGCCCGCCGCCUAAGUAACGCUACGCGCUCCAACGCUGCUGUCGCUACUUCAAAGCCCUCUACAUCGUCCGCCCUGCCGGCCGGUCGCGCUCGACGUCAGAGUUACGCCCCUCCUGUACCCACCAACGUGACCACUCCUCGACGCCCUCGAAAAUCAAUUGGGCCAGGCAGCCUGAUUUCGGACGUGAGCGACCGUUCCAUUCCUCCGGUGCGAAAGCCAAGCUUCUCUAGAAAAAAAACAACAGACCAAAGUCAUCCAUUGAUGAACACUGAUGCUCAAAAUUUGAGCUCCACAAGUUUAUCCCAUGCUCAAGCUGCCAUCCGCAGUCAAAAAGCGAGAUCCCUGCAACCGCCAAGUCGUGCGUUGCGCGAUAAUCUAGGCACCACAUCGACUAUGGUUGACCAUUCUACCUCUGCCCCGGGAAAUGUACUGCGCACGCCAGUUAAGUGCACCGCUGGAAAGACAUCUACUCCCUCGUCAUCUAAGAGAACUUCCAUAAUGCCACCACACGCGACUGGACUGGGUGCGCGAACCAUAAGUCCCACUGAUGCUCGACGUAUGAAAAGGAUGUCUCUUAUCCCACACCCACCUCCGUUGCCAGGAAAUUCUCCUACACACUUGGAAUUGGGUUUUCCUCGACCGCGGUCCUCUGUUCAGUCACCAUCAGCAAUCCCGCGAAAGAGUGUGACGCCCUCUUCAAACAGAACGACACCAGAUCCCCACCGCAAGUCGUACAGCUCGGGUAUUUCUUUAUCGUCAAAUACCAGCUAUAAUUCUGCAAGAAACUCGAAUGGUUCUCUGCAAGCAAGGCUGUCUCAGAACGUUUCUUCCUCCCGGUUACCCACUCCGAAACCGCGCCUGGAAAAUAAUAGGAAUGGAGAGGACGAUGUACCACCUGUUCCUGCCAUUCCAAAGGCAUAUGAAUCACCAAAGAAUGAACAAAAUCUCUCUUUUACGCCUCGAAAGUCAAGCUUACCGCUGGAUGCUCCAAAUUUCGCGGAAACACCCAAAGUGAACCUAGAAAAUGAACCAACUCCUUCCAGUAAUGAAAUUUUUGUUGCCAAACGAACAAAUGAUGAAACCCCGAUUAAGGAGGUAAAGGCAAGGCCUCCCGUCAAUCUCAGCAAAAAGAACCUUCAGCCAUUGAAACUGCCACCUCUUAACCUUCUUCCUUUGAGCGCCCCAAUUAAUACUAAAAUUGACGCCCUCUGCGAGAAGGCUUCUCAAGACAGUUUGCCACAAGCUUCUGCUACUCCACAGCGCCCGGCCAAUGUGAAAACUCCUAGCACGCCAUUGACAGCUUCAAAGGCCAACUUCUUUCAUGCCUUUCCUGCAGCAGACCAGACUCGUAGCAACACUUCGCAUUUUUCUCUCAGAACCGACUUUUCAAAAUUUCGGGUUGAGAAUAGCUCUAGUGCUUUCGAUACGCUCGAGCUGCCACAUACCAGGAAUAUUUCUCCGUACAUUUCAUCGUCUCUUCCUCGAGGCCGCGAGGACAUUGCCUUCAUGCGAAAUCAAGCAUCCGAUACCUAUUCGCGGGGAGUCAGCGGUAAACUUGCAGCUUCACGACCACAGACUCAGAUCUCAAGCUUGUCCAAUGUAGAUAUGUUUAAUUUCGGUCUUACCCCGGAUGGUGCAGAAACGGAUAUCAGCUUCCCCCCUCCCUCCCCCCAGAGGCAUGACGAUCGAGUUAGUUCGAAAACACAGCCCAUCUCUGAGUCUGCUAGAGACCCUGUCAAAGUUGACGGCAUGCCGCCGCCAAAGCUACCAGCAUCUGCGACUUGGAGUGGAAUUUCUGGUCCUCGAGUAAGCCCUACGACGAAACAAUCACCACUCCGGUCUAAACGGAGUACUUCUAUAUGCAAUUUGGUUACUUUGCCUUCACCUCGAAGACAUCAGAGCAUUAGUAGCGACCAAAGCGCCCCUGUAGAUCCGAACUUAUCAGCUGACUCGGGUGAUGCGGAAGUUUCAACAAACCGUUCUAGCUCGUCAAUCUUGUCUCCAGUGCACAAGCUUCUCAGUAGUGCCAAAUCCUCGCCGACUUAUAAGUCUCGAGUUCAGGAUCCAAAUAUUGACCGAGACGAUAUGGCUGCUGAAGAGGAGAUGCGAAAGCUAGGCAGUAAAUGUAAGGAUUUCGAGGUCGCAGCAAAGGCAUUGGAAGAUCUUCGUCGGCGAGCUAGCCCUAAGGAGCGAGCAUCUUCUUCCCAAGCCCUAAAGGUCGCCAAUUUAAAUAUAUUUGAAAGAGGGGAGAUUAUCGACUUCAAAGAUAUUUAUUUUUGCGGUACCCAUAAGGCCAAGAAACUUGUUGGGGAUCUCAACGCUUCCACCGCGAAUUUCGGUUACGAUGACGAUCGAGGCGAUUAUAACAUUGUCAUUGGCGAUCAUCUUGCUUAUCGGUAUGAGAUUGUGGAUGUCCUCGGGAAGGGAAGUUUUGGUCAAGUCGUGAGAUGCGUGGACCAUAAAACUGGUACACUUGUUGCCGUCAAGAUUAUCCGGAACAAAAAGAGGUUCCACCAGCAAGCUCUUGUGGAGGUUAAUAUUCUUCAGAAGCUCAAAGAAUGGGAUCCCAAUCGUCGUCAUAGUGUAGUUGAUUUUGUGCAAAGCUUCUAUUUUCGCGGCCAUUUAUGCAUAUCCACUGAACUUCUAGGCAUCAACUUGUACGAGUUUAUUAAGGCUCAUGAUUUCCGCGGCUUCUCCCUUAAAUUAAUACGGCGCUUUACAAAACAGAUCUUAAGCACCCUCGUGCUACUCCAUACAAAACGGGUUGUCCAUUGCGAUUUGAAACCCGAGAAUAUCUUACUCGUUAAUCCUCUUCAAAGUGGAAUUAGGGUCAUUGAUUUUGGCUCUAGUUGCUUUGAAAAUGAGAAAGUGUACACCUACAUUCAAAGUCGUUUCUAUCGCUCUCCUGAGGUUAUUUUAGGAAUGUCUUACGGGAUGCCCAUAGAUAUGUGGAGUUUAGGAUGCAUUCUGGCGGAGCUUUUUACAGGCUAUCCCCUCUUCCCUGGAGAGAAUGAACAGGAGCAGUUGGCUUGUAUCAUGGAAGUAUUUGGCCCCCCCGAAAAGCAUGUUAUUGAAAAGAGUACCCGGCGGAAACUCUUUUUUGACUCUACGGGCAAGCCUCGCGACGUUGUUUCGUCCAAAGGGCGACGCCGGAAGCCGAGUUCCAAAAACCUUCGGCAUGUGUUAAAAUGUGACGAUGCGGCAUUCUUGGACUUUCUUGCGCGUUGUCUCCGCUGGGACCCUGCACGGCGUCUCAGCCCCCACGAUGCCAUGAAUCAUGAAUUUGUCACUGGUAUGAAGUUCAACCCUCGAUCGAGGUCCCACUUGACGUCUAUGAGCCAUUCACUGGGGAAACGGCAUACAUCUGGAACAACACCUGGUGUACGUCCUCUCCCUGAACCUCCAUCGAAACAGGGAUUUGUGAGGACCCGUGAGGCGUCGAGUAACUCACCUGUCAGAACUGGUCUGGCCAAACGGCAAACCGCUCAGAAUAUCACAUCGACAGCGACAACAAAGCGAGCGUCUAAUGCACCACCAUCUGCCUCCGGUUCAGCUCUCCCAAGAGUUACGGGGAGAAACACGAGCGGGAAGCCAGACCUGGCGGCUGCGGCCGCCGCAUCCAGCUUGGUGAGCGGUGGGUGA